CAUGCGCUGAAGUGAAAGUCUUUGCGCCUUUGUUCGCUGUCCAUCCUAUUUCGUGAUCAGACAAGGGUCGAGGAAGAAGCUGUUAUGCCUUCACGCGAUGCGUCCAGGAAAUAGACUUGUGGUGGUGUUACUGGUGCUGCACUGGAGCGCUCGCGGCAGCGCGGUGACGGACGCUUCAGCCGAGACUCGUCCACAAUGUGACACUGAUGGAUCGACUUUAAGAUGUACAUUAGAAGAGACUCAUUUGAGGAGUUCUGACCCAAUUAAACUGGAUUUCACUGAAGGACAAACUGUGGAAAUUUACAGUGCAUGCCAACAAAACCACUCAGAUGGACUUAAAUGUCUCUGUCACCAAAGGAUAAAUUCUUCUAUGCAUGCUUUACAGCCCACUGAGCAAUUUACAAAUGGAGCAUACACUGUAAACUGUGGCAAUCAUAAUGUAACAGUUGUUCAGUCAGUACAAAGGAGGCCAUCGGUUCCAGUGCUCAAAGCUAUUGCAAAAGCAGGGUCUAUAUAUAUAGUUCAGUUGGUGUGUUCCUCUGAGGGGAACCCAAAGCCAACCAUCAGGUGGUAUGGUAACAGCCAAAAUCCAGAAGAGGGCAUGAAAGAUAAGUGGUAUAAGACAGAGAGCAUUGUGGCGAGGCACGACUAUCCUCAAAGUCCAGAUAUAAAGUGCUGUGCCAGUAAUUUGCUGGGAGAAGAAUGCACUGAGCUUCAUCAUUUCGAUCUCAAUAAUAAUGUGGAUGUGCAAAAGGCUCAGACGAUUUUCCUAAAAUCUGGUCAGUCUCUGCUACUCCGAUGCACCAUAAACUCUAUGGACGUCCCUGAAUUGAGAUGGCAAUUCAAUAACACAACUGUCAAGGGAAUCACAUCGAUAUAUUUUGCAGAAUGGACAGAAUACUUCUUUAUCGAAUCAGUGAACGUGACACAUUGUGGGGAGUAUAUCUGCAUAUCUAAAAACAACCAAGCUAGGAAGACCUCUGUCAAGGUCUUUGAAAAUGACAAAAUCGACAUACUGGAGUUGAAUGAGAACAACAACAUACUAGUACAAAAUAAGGCAAGCUUCUGCUUCCAGGCUAAAGUGUUUUCCUACCCAAAAGCCCAGUGUCAGUGGAUUACACCAAAUCAAAUCAAAAUACAGUGCAGAGAGACUCAUUACUCUAACUUUAAUAGUGCAUUUGAGCUGUGUAACCCUGAACCAGGCCAAUAUCAAAUUAAAUUAAAGACUCAGCAAUAUAGUGUCAUAAGGAAUAUGUCUCUCUGCAUUUCAGACAUUCCUAAAAUUGCAAUAAAAUUACAAAAUGAUUCAAACAUCGUCUCUUGUGAAACUCAAAGCUCCAUACCUGCAAAUGUAUCCUGGAAGAUCUGCCCAUCAUACCCCAAAUGUAUUGAUUCUGAAAACUGGAAAGAUAUACCUGUUGCCAAGCCCAAGGUCAUGGAUUCAGAUCAGUUCUGUCAGAAGAAAAUUGAGUUUUCCAGACUUCACUCGAACAGGGAAGACCAUCUUAUCAAAUGCUGCAUCACUAACAUAGCAGGGACUCGCUGUAGUGAACAAUUACAACUGCCAACAUCUUUCUUCAGUAUUGAUUAUGCGAUUUGUUUCCUGGUCAUCUUUAUACUCCUCAUGGUCAUCUUUGCCUUAAUCAUCUUUAUAAGAGUUAAGAAGCCUGGGUACCAGUGUCAGAUCCAGAUGAUUCAGAUGAUCGGACCUAAUGACAAUGACUACAUAUACAUUGAUUUCAGGGAGACGAAGUAUGACCUCAAAUGGGAAUUUCCACGAGAAAAUCUUGAGCUUGGGAAUGAGCUGGGAUCUGGAGCGUUUGGGAUGGUUGUGCAGGCUACAGCGUAUGGGAUCAGCAAGCCAGGAGAGUCUAUUCAGGUAGCAGUUAAAAUGUUAAAAGACAAGCACCAAGCAGUGGAAAAGGAAGCUCUGAUGUCUGAACUGAAAAUGCUGACUCAUAUUGGACACCAUGAAAACAUUGUCAACUUGCUCGGAGCUUGUACAAGCUCAGGUCCUAUUUACCUGAUAUUCCAGUACUGCUGUAACGGAGAUCUCUUGAACUAUCUGAAGAGCAACAGGGAACGUUUUCACAAAUAUCUGACGGACGCUUUCAACAGGGACAGAUUCAGGGGCCUCUACCACAACUUCCAGCAGAAGAGAAACUCCAGUGAUAGCAACCAAUUCGUGCACAUGACACUUGCAACCAAAGGUCAGGAGAACGAGGCGCUCCUCAGUCCUGUGUCUACUGUUGAGGAAAUGCUUGAAUGUGAAGACAAACAUCAAGAAGAGGAACUUCACAGUCUCACCUAUGAUGAUCUUCUGAGUUUUUCUUUUCAAGUCGCAAAGGGCAUGGAGUUCCUGUCCUCUAAAAAUUGUAUCCAUAGGGACUUGGCAGCCAGAAAUGUUUUGGUGACACAUGGCAGACAGGUGAAGAUCGGUGACUUUGGCCUCGCAAGAGACAUUGAACAUGAUUCCAACUAUGUUGUAAAAGGAAAUGUAUGUUUGCCUGUGAAGUGGAUGGCUCCUGAGAGUAUUUUCAAAGGGGUUUACACAAUGCAGAGUGACGUCUGGGCCUAUGGCAUUCUGCUAUGGGAAAUCUUUUCUCUAGGAGUCACCCCAUAUCCUGGAAUAACUGUGAAUGAUGCAUUCUACAGAAUGAUUGAAAGUGGAUAUCACAUGGAGCAACCCUAUUAUGCUGAAGAAACUGUUUACAAGGUAAUGUGUCGCUGCUGGAUGCUCGAUCCUGUCGACCGGCCUUGUUUUUCCAAGCUUGUAGCUUUCAUGGAAAAAGAGCUGUCUGCUUUGGAAGAAAGGCUGUAUUACAAUGUUGGAGGAUACUGCCACAUUGACAUAACAUACCAGAAUGCACCCAUGACCCCUGAUGCUACACUGAUGGAGAAAAAACUGAAUGUCUACCAGUCCGACACUGAGAAUUGAGAUGAAAGCAAAGCAGUGGACGAUCCUGGAGCAGAACAGAAUCUCUCGUUUGAACAUGGGAGUUUAAGCCUUGCAUUAGCCUAUUAACAAAUUUUAUGUAUCUUCCCAAUUUUAAAUAGAAUUACAGAAAGUAUACCUUACCACUGUAACAGCUGAAUAACCUGUUUCUGUACUCCAUACUGAAGGUUUACCAGAGAUGCUCUGCUUGAGAAGUACAACAGAUUAUAAAUUAUUUUAUUUUUAUUAUAUUUUGCUGCAUUUUGCAGGUGAAAUUGCUCUAUUUUUAUAACAAAAAAAAAAUUAAUCUU